GCCACAGACUCACUCCCCUGAGAGAAGAAGAAAAUGGCCGCCACUCAGGAGGUGCCUCCGCCGGCGCUGGGCCUCCAUUUUUUGUACCCUUUAGAAGAAACGAUGGCCCCGAGGGUGAAAAUGGAGGAGCCGGGGCCGCCGUGUCCGGAGGCAGGGUGGGAGUGGGACGCGGCGGCCAAAGCCCCCCUCGUCGUCCAGGCAGGCACCAUCAGUGACCUCCUGAGGUGGGCCACUCCUCCUCAGGUGAGGAGUGACCCGAUGCCACAGCUGUGGGAAGUCCAGUGCCAGGAGAUGGUGCAAAGCCUGCGGACGCCCGCUGACGUCGUACCCGGACCGGUUCCUGUCCCACCCCCGGCCCCCGGCUGGGGGAACCUUCAGUUGCCUGAGCUGGCGCCCAUGGAUGACAUUGAGGCCUACUUGUCCUCCUUCGAACGAGCGGCGGAAACCUGCCAGUGGCCGAGAGGGGAGUGGGUGACCCGACUCAUGCCGGCCCUCAGCGGAAAGGCCCAGCAGCCCCACAACAGCCUGGAGGCCAGGAGCAGCCGGAGUGAGCACCGAAAGGCCAAGUCUUCCAGCCUGCGAGGAGAAGGGGGCGCCGGCGCAGAGAUGCAGCGCCAGCGUUUCCGACAGUUCCGCUACCAGGACGUCGAAGGCCCGCGGGAGGCUUGCCGGCGGCUCCGGGAGCUUUGCCGCCGCUGGCUGAAGCCGGAGAGCCGCACCAAGGAGCAGAUCCUGGAGCUGCUGAUCCUGGAGCAGUUCCUGACCAUCUUGCCCCAGGAGAUCCAGAGCUGGGUGUGGGAGCGAGGCCCCGAGACCUGCGCCCAAGCCGUGGCCCUGGUGGAGGGGUACCAGAUGGGACGGCGAGAGGCCGGGAUGUGGGAACAACAGGUUACCGUGCGGGUGAAAGUUGAACAGGUGAGCCCUCAAGAGAUGAUGCUGCCUGGAGCCCCCUGGGAGCAGUCUGCCCCGCUGCUGCCCCAUCCCGAGUGCAUCCCCUCGGCAGAUGUCGCACUAAACCAGCCCCCUCCAGUUCCUGUUCUAAAGAUGCCCUGUGUCCCCAAACAGGAGCCCCGAGGCCUUCAGGAAACAGGCAGCUUGGCAGCUGGCAUAGGCCGAGAAGCCAACCCUCUGCAUGGCGGUCCUCUGGCAAUGGAGCCUAAUGGGACUUUCUCCGCUGGGAACCCCCAGGAGAACGUGCCCUCUGAGAAUCACAGCGAGCGAGCAAGUCAGCAACGCGAGGAGAGACGCAGUGAGACAGGAGAGAAUCUGGCCCCACACCCCAACCCAAUGGGAGUCCCCCAGGGAACGGGAAAACCCCUCCACCGUUGUUCAGAGUGCGGGAAAACGUUUAGCCGCAACUCCCACCUGCUCACCCACCAGAGAAUCCACACGGGGGAGAAACCCCAUCAGUGCCCCCAGUGCGGCAAGCGUUUCGGUCAUACCUCCCAGCUGACUCGGCACCAGAGGACCCACGCCUCCGAGAGACCCUUCCGGUGCGCCCAGUGCAGCCGGAGUUUUUACCAGAGCUCCGAGCUGACCAGGCACCGGGCCUCCCACGCCAGAGACCGCCCAUACGGCUGCAGCCAGUGCGGCAAGAAAUUCCGGUGGAGUUCUGACCUCAUCCGGCACCAGAUCACCCACACGGGAGAGAGACCGUACAAAUGCCCCGAGUGUGGGAAGAAGUUUGGGCAGAACUCACACCUCGUCCGGCACCGGAGGACCCACACGACUUAACCGAGCUCUUCCCUGACAGAGAGGAAUCUGCAUUUUCCACCGCCGAG